GCAGCCGAGGCAGCCUGCAGGCAGCGUGCAGAGCUAGUGCGAGAGCCCCGCGCGCCGGGGAAGCUGGUCGCUGCAAGACUUUGAUCAGCCCCGGAAUAGUUAGCAGAACAAGCCCUUUCCCCCCACCCCACCCCCACCCCCAGAGGGAGGGGACAGGCGAGCGGGGGAGUGGGGGCGAAUCCUCGGCGUUAAGGUGCUGCCUGCCUGCCCCGGCGCUUGCAGGAAGAUGAGAAGCCGGGGCAGCAACCGAGCUCUGCCAGAGCCGCUGGAACUACCUGUGUGGCCCUAUAGCGGCUGCUGAGACCUGCCGGAACCUCAGCCAUCCUCACCAUGUGAACGUUUUCAAUCCGGUGCGGUUCUUCUUUCUGGCCCAUCGCAUUUGAUUUUCAAAAAACAAAACAGGACGACGCUAUUUUCCUUUUGAUUUGUUUUAAUUUUUAAGCCCAUCUCUCUUGGAGAUCUCUUGAGGUGGGAGUUUUCUCAGAAGACCGACGCAGCUCCAGAGCAAUUCCAGCUCUUAUUAGCUUUACCUGGACAAUGAUUCCAAAGACUAAAAGAUAACUGCCAGCAACUAAGCAAGAAGGUUCACAGAGCGCUUUACUAACAUUCUGGAAGGGUGCAAGAAAGAAAUCCUGCUGCUGGUCCAACAGGAAGAGCUCUGAAAACACUCUUUCAGUAAAAUAUAUUUGUAAACCUCAAACCAGGACAUUAACCACAGUGCCUGCAAUAUCACAGAAGGGACCAGGGAAAGAAAGCAAACAGUUCCACCAUGGAUAAGGACAGCAUGACACUAGCUGACCAGCAAUAUGAAUGUGUAGCUGAGAUUGGUGAAGGAGCCUAUGGAAAAGUGUUCAAAGCCCGUGACUUAAAGAAUGGUGGGCGUUUUGUAGCACUGAAGAGGGUGAGAGUGCAGACAAGCGAAGAGGGGAUGCCACUUUCCACCAUCCGGGAGGUGGCUGUACUGAAGCACCUGGAAACAUUUGAGCAUCCCAAUGUGGUCAGGUUGUUCGAUGUAUGCACAGUGUCCAGAACAGACCGAGAGACCAAACUAACACUUGUGUUUGAACAUGUUGAUCAAGACUUGACCACUUAUUUGAAUAAAGUUCCAGAGCCCGGAGUACCUAGCGAAACUAUAAAGGACAUGAUGCUGCAACUGCUACGAGGGCUUGAUUUUCUGCAUUCACACAGAGUGGUCCACCGUGACCUGAAGCCGCAAAACAUUCUAGUAACCAGCAACGGACAGAUAAAACUGGCUGAUUUUGGCCUUGCACGGAUCUACAGUUUUCAAAUGGCUCUUACCUCUGUGGUUGUCACUUUAUGGUACAGAGCUCCUGAAGUAUUGCUUCAAUCAAGUUAUGCAACUCCAGUUGAUCUUUGGAGCGUUGGCUGCAUUUUUGCAGAAAUGUUUCGUCGAAAGGCCCUUUUUCGUGGAAACUCUGAUGUCGAUCAACUAGGGAAAAUCUUUGAUGUAAUUGGGCUUCCAGAAGAAGAAGAUUGGCCUAAUGAUGUUGCCCUUCCAAGAAAUGCCUUCACAUCUAGAACCCCACAGCCUAUUGAAAAUUUUGUAGCUGAUAUUGACGACCUAGGCAAAGAUUUGCUACUUAAAUGUUUAGCAUUCAGCCCUGCAAAGAGGAUAUCAGCUUAUGAUGCCUUAUAUCAUCCUUAUUUUCAUGAUCUGGAGAAAUGCAAGGAGAGCACCGACUCUGAUAUGUCAUCCAGUCAAAACUCCUCUGAGAUAAAUACACCAUAAGGCUGCUUCAAACUCAACCUGCCGACAGAACCCAUACUGUCACUUUUGAAGUUUGAAACCAUAGCUGUUCAACUGAAGACCAUUACUUGAAAAAUACCAUGAAUUCUUUGUGUGCUUCUUCAGGAUGACCAUCCGCUUCACCAAGGAAAAGAACUUAGUUUAUCUACAUUAAAGCAAUGCAAAGCUUCCAAUGAUGCUCACUGCGGCUUGAUGUUUGUUUAGUUUAAGUCUGACUUUCUGGAGAUCUCCAGGUAAAGCAAGCUGCUGACCCUAUCUAUUGCCAUUUUCUUCUCUUAACAUUAAAUGGUGCCUGAGUGGAUUAGCGUAAUCUAGUCUCACUACCAAAACACAAUUUAACUUCUCUGUCUAGGUGCUGAAGUCUGACUUGGUACUUCUUUGCAGCUAUAAUGAUUUUUAAAAAUGAUAUCGUACAGCAAUAUUUACAAGAAUGGCACUGCACUUCUACUGAAUACUGAACAGCGUGAAGUUAAGAGAAAUGUGUACAUAUCCUUCCCCUAUAGGAAGCAUGAGAUGCUCUUUGUAAUAAUUUGUGCCUCUGACUUAAUACACAGGGAAUUAACAAGAUUGAACCGAAGCAGGGGGGGGUGAGGUUUAAACAAAUUAAUUGGUCAGAAUCACUCUUUUAGUUUACUUUGGUUAUGCCAACUUAAUUAUUGCACAGUGUAACUUCUUAUUCUUGUCUCAUACAUCUGUUGGGUGCAGCAUAUAUGAUAUUCGUCUCUAAGGUGUGAGAAGGAUUAAGAAAAAUCAAGUAUACCUUCUAUGUUACAUAUUUAUAAUUAUCCAUGAAAAAAAUAUACUGGGGCAAAAUGUUUUUCCUGUACUUGGAGAACAAAUUGAAGGGUGGGUGGAAGUACGCACUGCAGCGCUGCUAUCCCUCAUACAGCCUGUUGUAUCCGUAGUGAACCUCAGACACCACAGUGCAUGACUGGUUGUCACAGCAAAUCAGCCACAGAGCAUUUACAUUUUAUGUAUUUUAGUAGAUUUUUAUUUUUCUAAAUAGUAAUGUGUGAGGAUCUCUGUUUGCAUCACUUUUUAGGUUUACUGGUCUACUACUCCUAACUUUCUGUCAUUGAAAGCCAGCUUUAAUAAAUAAUUCACCUAGCUGCCUUAGCACAAUUAUGUUAAAUAUUACAGUAAAUUUUGUGUGUG